UGUAAAUGUAAAAGUAUAAGAAUUGUGUAAUACUGUUGCUGACGCUCACUCAAAAAAUAUUAUUAACGAGAUCAAUACAUUUUUAUACGAUGAGCAACUCGAACGCACCCAGGAUCAGCUGUGCGUGUUUUGUCCGUAACUCCUCAUUCAAGACUCAACCGUACGAGAGGAGGGUUGGCAAAGCUCGGGCAGUGGAAUCAAGGGUAACCAGUGAGAUCUCUGAUUUCACAGUGACACGAUAUAUAUAUCAGUGAGAGAGCCGUCGUGGACGACAAGGAAGAGUUGAAUGAACAACAGACGCCUUCAGAUAUCGAAGGGAGGACAGGUCAAGGAGCAAUUUUUAUGACAAAAAAAUCCGACCCAUUAUUAUGACUUAGACCAAAGAAAAGCAUCAGAUCAUAUCAGCGAAAUUAUUGACAAUGGCUCCCGUGCUGUCAGUGGUGAGGGCCCUGCCAAACAGCAAUGCAGUCAAGCUGUUCUCGAGGACGACCUCCUUUUUGAGUCACGACAAGGUAGAAUAUAGAGCCCAGAGCAAUGCCACGUCCGAGCGAGAAAGGGCCAAGACUGUGGCAGCCUAUUACAACCAACCUGCCAUCGAGGCUGCAGCUAAAAAGAAAACCGUGAGAUUAACUACCUCAGCCAUUUUAUACCAUGGAAGGAGUGAGGAUGAGGCCACAAUCCUGAGAAGUGCUCAGUAUUUACAAAAGGAAUUGCCAGUUCGUAUUGCCAAGAGAAUCAUGGGAUUCCGUUCCCUUCCCUUCAUUGUGGGCUGCAAUCCUGUAGUUCUGGGAGUGCAUGAACUGUACAUUCGAGCCUUCAACAUACUGAACAGUUAUGCUCCGGUUGCUACCAAGGAGGAUGAAGUGAAUUUCAGCAGGAGGCUUUCUCAGCUCUUAGAGGAUCAUAAGAAUGUAGUAACACACCUUGCCCAGGGCUUCAGAGAAUGCAGACGGCACAUUCAAGAUGAAGAGUCUGUAGCCCGUUUUUUGGACACAACACUCACCUCUCGUCUGAGCAUUCGUAUGCUGGCUCAACAUCAUCUUUCUCUUAGGGAAAGUAAGCAAAACUAUGUAGGAAUUAUAAAUAUUGGAAUGAAGCUUAAGGAGGUGAUCGAACGAAGCUGUCAGUUUGUUUCUCGUGUUUCAUUACACAAAUAUGGGAAGGUGCCAGAAAUCAAACUGUCAGGUCAUGUCAAUGCCGUCUUCCCAUAUAUUGAGUUGCCGCUGGAUUAUAUUUUGCCAGAGAUUCUAAAGAAUGCUGUGAGAGCAACAAUUGAGAGUCAUUCAGAAUAUGAAUCUGGCCACUUGCCACCCAUACAUAUCACCAUUGCUUCAAAUGAGAGAGACUUCAUAAUCAGGAUUAGUGAUAGGGGUGGAGGAAUACCCCACCAUCUUGUAGGUCGAGUUCUUGAAUAUAACUUCACAACUGCAAACAAGGAGAAUAUGUCUGAUCCAGAGCAGCAAGAAGGUGUCUUCUCAAACAUGAUGGAGGCAGUUAAUCCUAAUCCUGCUGGUGGGCCCAUGCACGGAUUUGGGUUUGGCCUUCCCACUUCUAGAGCCUAUGCAGAGUACAUGGGAGGCAGCUUAGAGAUCCAGGCCAUGCAAGGUAUUGGAACUGAUGUGUAUUUGCGGAUGCAGCAUAUAAACAGUCAAGCUGGUUCCUUCAGGAUAUAAGUUAAAAUUAACAGUGCAUUACCUAGAAAUGUGGAAUGGCGAAUUUGAAACAAGUGUGGGGGUAGGGAGAAUAGAGUGAUAUUUCUAAUGCAAGCAUAAUUAAAGAUUAGAAAAUUGAAAUGUAAAAGAAUGCAAUAAAAAUAGCUAAGAAACUUUAGUUCAAAUCUAAUAGCUAGACAAAAAAAGUAUAAGGGAUUCAGUUUUUGGUGAAAUUAAACUAAGUAAGUUAACACGGGACCUUUUGGCAGAAUUGAAGCCUAGGUGAACAGAUUGUAGUUGAAUUUUAACUUUUCAUUUAGAUUUGUUAAAAUUCAUGCCUUAAAAUGGAAAUAGUACCUCAUUUAUAUCAGUAUUUAGAUAACAAUGGCAAAUCUCGUACAUAAGUAUUUAUUUAUGCAUAUGACCACAUGCUUACCAGUAUUUAUAGUAUGAAUGCAUCUUUUUGAAAUACAACUAAUGGAUUUAAUAAAGGAUACCAUAAUUGUGAUUUGAAUGGAGAAAGUACUACUACCUUAUCUCCUAGUAUAUGGUAGGUUUUUGGAUAAUUGGAUGUUUAUCAAUAUAACAGUAUUGACUUGUUUAUGGAAUUUGAGCUAAUGAUAAAUUAUCAUGGUUACUGAAACCUAUAUGUAUUGAUUAAAUAACUUGUAUGUUUAUAGCAUGCAUGUAGCAAGUACUGAGUGCAUUUUUAUGUGUCUUCCAGAUAGGAUACAAGAUAUAUUACCAACAGUUGGUAAGCAAAGUAUAAAACAAAUAUGGAACAGAUUUAGAUCUUUGAUAAAUUUAUAUGAUUAUCUGUGAUAGUUUGAACUUGAAAGGAAAGAUAGUAAAAAAUGUUUUAAGGAGUGGAAGUAAGAGACAUCAUGGAAAGUUUUCCUUGAUUAUAAAUGCCUCAGAAAUGAGAAUUUACUAUCUUAUAUUACAAGAUACAUGGUUAGCAACAUUUAGCAGUAGACAAAGAUGUCAGCAUAGCAAAACAGUUCUGGAUAAAAUUACUAAAUAGUGCUUGAAUAAGUUUGUACUAGUACUUGGGUUUAACAGUCCUUUUCUGUAUCCUGGUUGACUAUUUAAUGUGCAACUCAUUGCUAUAGACAAAGCAUUUUAAAUGGAUAAGGAAUCCCAACUUUCAAUGUUUGAAUGGUAUACAUAUGUUAGUGGGUCAAAGGUAUCAUAAAGCUGAUUUUUGUGUGUGUUAAUCCCAAGGUUAGACUUCAUAUUAUGUUGAAUGAAUUACAAAUUCAUGCUUUUGCAAUGUAAUUCCCAAUAGAGUGUAAUCUGAUAAAAUUAAUGAAGAAAUGUUAGGCAGAAUGUAAACGCAGAAGUAUCAAA